UGACACCAUUUUGACAGCACAUGUUUUCAAUGACGUUUAAUUUCUUGGAAGAAUGUAAAGGAUGAAUUACGUUUUUAUCGCAGAUGAUUCAUUUCGUAACACAGCAUUGUUCUACAUUUUAUUAUAAUGCGUAUUAGAUUUUCUAAACUGAGAGAAUGAGCGAAAGUGGGGCUAAUGGGGAUGGUGAAAUUCGACCCACUAGAUUUAGGAAUUUGCCAUCGGUUAAUUCGUUAAGUCAAGAGGAGUUGAUUGUGACUGAGCCUGAAAAUACCGAAUUGUUAUCGUCAAUCAGAAGGAGAGUGCAAAGUAGUUCUGAAAAAAUUGAAACGGGGUCUUUGAAUGUGUUAUCGGCCAAAUAUGAAAGCCUUGAUUAUGACACGUGUGAGAAUUAUUUAUUUUUAGAUGAGGAGAGAAAAAAGGGUUAUAGAUUUAUUGUGAAAAAAAAUUUAGCAAGAUGGUUUAUUUUCCUCCUGAUUGGAAUGGUAACCGCGUUAAUUGCUUGUGCCAUAGAUAUAUCAAUAGAGGAAUUGUCACAACUGAAAUAUGCCUCAUUAAGCAAAUCUGUAGACGAAUAUGUUACACAGGGAAAACUCCACAUCCCUUACUUCUUCUGGGUCCUAUAUAACGUAAUCCCGGUCCUAAUAGGCUCAAUCCUAGUUGCCUAUGUUGAACCUAUUGCUUCUGGUAGUGGAAUUCCUCAAGUCAAAUGUUACCUAAAUGGGGUUAAAAUACCCCGAGUUGUUCGUAUAAAAACACUAUUUGUAAAAAGUGUAGGAGUUGUAUGUUCAGUCGUUGGUGGUUUGGCUGGAGGCAAAGAAGGACCAAUGAUUCACUCAGGAGCUGUUGUCGCAGCUGGACUUUCGCAAGGAAAAAGUACAACAUUUAACCGAGAUUUCAAAAUAUUUAAAUAUUUUCGAGAAGAUCACGAAAAACGAGAUUUUGUUUCUGGAGGUGCCGCUGCAGGAGUUUCGGCGGCUUUUGGUGCCCCUGUUGGCGGAGUGCUUUUUAGUUUAGAAGAAGGAACAAGUUUCUGGAAUCAGAGCCUAACAUGGCGCACUUUUUUCGCUUCUGUGAUAAGCACCUUUACUUUAAACGUAGUUUUAUCAACUUAUCAUGGAGUUCCUGGCGAUUUGAGCUAUCCUGGACUUUUAAAUUUAGGAAAAUUUGAAAAUUUCAGUUACGAAGUGUAUGAAUUACCAAUUUUUGUCUUAAUGGGGGCUUUAGGCGGCUUAUUAGGGGCAUUAUGGAAUCAUUUCAAUUAUAAAUUAUCAGUUUUUCGGAUGAGGUAUAUAAGAAAAAGAUGGUUAAAAGUAAUUGAAGCUUGUAUAGUCGCUGCUGUUAGUGCAACUUUAGGUUUUCUCAUGAUGUUUUUACUCAAUGAUUGCAAGCCUUUGGGGCAAGACCCCACGAAAUACCCAACUCAGUUAUACUGCCAAGAUGGCCAAUACAACGUUCUAGCAAGCAUUUGGUUUCAAACUCCCGAAGCUUCAGUUCGUUCUCUUUUCCAUGAUCCCCCAAAUACCCACAACGCCACCUCACUUGCCUUUUUCGUCGUCGUUUAUUUCUUCCUGUCAUCAUGGACCUUUGGUCUUGCCUCUUCCAAUGGCCUUUUCAUCCCCACUCUUCUCACGGGGGCUGCCUGGGGCCGACUUAUCUCAGUUGGACUUUUUCGGAUCAUUCCCGAUGCUGUGCUCAUUCAUCCGGGGAAAUACGCCAUGAUUGGAGCAGCUGCCCAAUUAGGUGGCGUUGUAAGAAUGACAAUUAGUUUGACAGUUAUUAUAAUGGAAACAACUGGAAAUAUUUCGUUUGCUUUGCCACUCAUUCUGACAUUAAUUGCGGCAAAAUGGACAGGAGAUUUCUUCAAUGAGGGUAUUUAUGACACACUUAUACAACUCAGUGGUGUUCCGUUACUCCCAUGGGAACCACCACCAUUAGUUCACAAUAUCUACGCCAGUGAGGUGAUGUCGCAUCCGGUGGUCACAUUGAAAUGUGUUGAGAAUGUGGGACAUAUAGUUGAAUUGUUGAAGUUAACAAGUUAUAACGGAUUUCCGGUGGUUGAUCCGCCAUUAACUGACCAAUCAGAAGUUACGACCUAUGGAAGAAUCAGAGGGUUGAUUUUAAGGUCACAAUUAAUUGUUAUUUUGAAAAAGAAGAUUUUUAAUGAAAAUUCCGAUUUUUGGGGGGACAUUAACGUGGGUAUUUUUAGAGAUGAGUAUCCUAGAUAUCCGACGAUUGAGCAAGUGUGUGUUUCCGAAGUCGAAAAAACUUAUUCUAUUGAUCUGAGACCGUUUAUGAAUCCAUCACCAUAUACGGUGCUCCAUUCAUCAUCACUUCCUCGAAUGUUUAGAUUAUUCCGAGCUCUAGGUUUACGACAUUUGCCUAUUGUUAAUGAUACAAAUGAGGUUAUUGGAAUGGUGACAAGAAAAGACUUGGCUCGGUAUAGAGUUUGGAGACAUCGUGGCCGCAUGGGGGUAGAAGAAUUACUAAUUUCCAAAGAAAUAUGACCACUUUACAGUAUUAUAUAGCACUACGAAUAAUUAUGUUGUCAAUUGUGACUAAAGAUGAUUUUAUUUAUUGUUAAUUAAAAACUUUACUCAU